CACUAUCAAAUAUUUAAUUAACUUUAUUCCUCUAUAUAAACCCUCCAAAAACUGCUCUUUCUCUUCAACCACAUUGCCAAUAUGAAGACACAAAAACAAAAUCACUUUGCUACUGAAGCUGAAGCUGAACUUGCAGAAGCUCCCAUCCAUGGAGACAUCUUGCAGGCCAUAUUCUCUCACGUGCCUCUCAUCGACCUUGUUCCUGCUUCUCACGUGUCCACAGCUUGGAACCGUGCUGUUUUCUCUUCGCUUCGUCACUUCAACAAGAUCAAGCCAUGGCUAAUCGUUCAUACUCAGAGAGCGAGGUCCCCUCACGUGACAACCACGCACGCUUAUGAUCCACGCUCGAACCUUUGGAUUAAAAUCAACCAGCCUUCAAUCGACUACGUCGCAGCUCUCCGAUCCUCCCACUCCACGCUCCUCUACAUGUUGGCACCGUCCAAGCUGUUGUUUUCUUUGGACCCGCUCAAUCUGACGUGGCACCACGUGGAUGCCCCACCCGUCUGGAGGAAGGACCCCAUUGUUGCCAUGGUGGGCCAUUACGUCAUUAUAGCCGGCGGCGCGUGUAAUUUUGAAGAUAGCCCACUUGCCGUCGAUAUGUACAACGUUGAGACUCGCGCUUGGGAAUCCUGCGAGAACAUGCCAGCGAUUCUCAAAGACUCCGCAGCCUCCACCUGGUUGUCUGUCGCGGUGAAUUCCGAUAAAUUUUUCGUCGCUGAGAAAUUCUCAGGCUUGACUUACUCAUUCAAUCCACAGACCAAGUCGUGGUACGGACCGUACGAUUUACGUCCAGCUGGUCAGAACAUACUCUUCUCAGUCAUCGCUUUCGCCGGAAACCGUCUGAUUCUGGUGGGACUCACCGGAUUUGCGGGGAAUGUUCAAAGCGUGAAGGUUUGGGAAGUGAAGGGCGAGUGGUUGGAGGAGUGUAAAGAGAUAGGAGAGAUGCCGCAACCUCUGGUUGGUAAGCUUAAAGGGAGCUGUUGUUUAGCGUCGAUUGAGGCAACGGCGAUGGAGGAUGUUGUGUACAUUCACAACCCGUCGAAUCCUGAAGAAUUGGUGAGGUUGGAGAUGGAUGAAGGAAAUUGUGAAUGGGGAAGUAUAAAAAAUGUAGUGGUGAAUGAUGGGAGUCGAAUAAUGGAUAGAUUUGUUUUCUCUUGCUCGAGUGUUGGCAUGGGGGAUUUGUGUAGGGCUUUAAUGCAUAAGAAUCGAAGAUUUUCUGUAAAAGAGAUUGAUCACUGACUCUUCCUGGGUUCAGUUUGUCGGCAGUCAAUUAUUUUGUUUCAUCUUGCUUGGAUUGAUGUAAUAAUUACUUGUGUCUUAUUUAUGAGAUAACUACUUUUUAAGUUGCACCCAUAGAUUUACGAAAGUGACAAUUUGAUCCCAUUUUUUAAGAGAUGAUAUAUAAUUUAGUAGAAUAAUCAUAUCCUUAUCAAUAAAAUAAAAUCAAAGUUGAUGACAACCAUAGAAUGGUAAUCCAUAACCCAAAUAUUUUGUGGUUGUUAUGAAAAAGAUGGAUGGUGAGUGGUGACAAAGAGGAGUGUGAAGACGCAAUCAGGCACAGUAGAGAGUAUUUUGU